UUAUCUUGCUGUUUUAGUAUGAAAAUACGAAUUUUCAUGUUACUAUGAGUAUUUUGAUUUUGUAUUCCAUUUAAAUUCGAAGCAACCACUUGCCUUAACCAUCCAUUCAUUAGUUCAAGAUACGAAUUUUAGCCACGAAAUACAGAUACAAUGAGCUCCGAAGGCUUAGCAAGACGAAGGAAAGUACGCUCAGAUGACUCGUCAUCAAAUCCGAAUGCAGAUGGAUCAUCUCAUGGCAACUCGAGUCGAAAUGAGGAACUUUCGAAUCACAACAGUGUGGAAGACAGCGAAACAGAGGACUGCGACUCUAAGGAAACGAGACUCACAUUGAUGGAGGAGGUUUUACUGCUGGGCUUGAAGGAUAAAGAGGGUUACACAUCAUUUUGGAACGAUAGCAUUUCGAGCGGAUUGCGUGGGUGCAUACUUAUAGAACUAGGACUACGUGGCCGGAUCGAGCUGGAAAAGCCGGGCAUCAGACGAAGAAGUCUCGCUUCCCGAAAAAUCAUCAUAAAAUCCGACACGUUAACUGGCGACGUAUUGCUGGACGAAGCACUAAAACACAUUAAAGAAACCGAUCCGCCAGAAACGAUCAAAUCUUGGAUCGAAUAUUUGAGUGGAGAAACAUGGAAUCCAUUGAAGCUGCGAUAUCAGUUGAAAAAUGUCAGAGAACGUCUUGCCAAAAAUUUGGUAGAAAAGGGUGUAUUGACUACAGAAAAACAAAACUUUUUACUAUUUGACAUGACCACACAUCCACUGAACGACAACGUUGUCAAGUGUCGCUUGGUCAAAAAAAUUCAAGAUGCUGUUUUAUCAAAAUGGACAAAUGAUCCACAACGAAUAGAUAAGCGGAUGAUUUCACUUCUUUAUCUUGCACAUUCUAGCGAUGUAUUGGAAAAUGCAUUCGCACCUCUAAGUGAUGACGACUAUGAACUUGCAAUGCGUCGCGUGCGCGAAAUCUUGGACUUGGAUUUUGAGCAGGAAGCGGCAAAAACUAACGCAAACGAGAUAAUUUGGGGAGUUUUCAUGGCUUUCACAAAAUAUUGAUAUACACAUUUCACAAAUUCGUAAUAUUCGAGAUAAGAGAAUUAAGAAGUAGGUUCACUAUAAAUAUAAAAAAAUCAGUUCUAUCAUUCAUGUAUUAAUCAAAAUAAAAGAAAAAUCUAAUUUAGAAGUAAAUAAAAUAUUCGUAAAAG